CUCCCCCAGCCCGGAAGUGCCCGGCGCGCUUCGCAGCCGGGCCCCGGCAGGUUUGGCCUAACCCGGCCACCAUCAGCGAAUAGGGCGGCUGUGCAGCCUGGGGGUCGCCCGCUUGCCGGUCCCGGCCCGGCUCUCCGUCCUCGCGAGCCCAUGGCCGCCUUCCGGCGCUGGAAGGAGCAGCGCCUGGCCCGGGCGGACGAGAGCAGGAAGGGCAGCGUGGACGAGGCCAUCGCGGAGCUAGUGCAACUCCUCAACGGGCAGGAGCGAUUCUGCACCACCAGCUCCUGCGCCGGCCGCCUUCUGCUCGCGCAGGCCCCCGCCCGAGGUUUCAAUGGCUAUGAGGUACAGAAGAAAAACUGUUCUUGGCUCAUGGUAACGCAUCAACUCUGUGCAAAAGAGGAUGUGAUGACAGCGUUGCAGAAAGCCACUGGUGACACUGUAUUCAAAUUUGAACCAUUCAUUCUUCAUGUGCAGUGUCAAGAGUUGCAGGAUGCACAGCUUCUGCACUCGGUGGCUAUAGAUUCUGGAUUCAGGAACUCUGGUAUUACAGUUGGCAGAAGAGGUAAAAUUAUGAUGGCUGUCCGGAGUACUCAUUGCUUAGAAGUUCCAUUAAGUCACAUGGGGAAAUUGAUGGUCACUGAAGAAUAUGUUGACUUUCUGGUACAGAUAGCUAAUCGGAAGAUGGAAGAAAACAUGAAGAGAAUUGACAGAUUUUACAACUGCCUACAGUUAGCUUUGAAAACUGAACUCAGCAUGCGUAACUCACCUCGUGAGAUGAUACAGAAGACUCAUUCUGUGUACACUCACAGAAGAAAAAGAAAACCAGAUAAAGAGCCUGGCGUGUGCACCUCUUCAGAGAAUAAAGAAGAGUCAGAAACCGAAGAUGACCCAGAAGCCAAUCUCAAUAUUUUUUUCUGAAAUCUAUUGAUACAGGAUGCCUAUUUUCUAAUAUUGGCGUAGUUAUGUUAACACAGAUUGCUAGCUUUAAUGAUACUUCUUUUGUACUGCUCUUUAUAAGAGCUUUUAUACUGCUGUGCUCUAGGAAGUUAUACUGUCAUGAAAGUUUAUGCUGAAGACAGUGUCCACUUAACCAAGCAAUUCAGUGUAACAGAAUUAUGAAAUGCCCUUUGAUUUGCAUAAAAACACCACUGAGGCAUGGAGAACAGAAGUACAUGGACUUCUUAAAAAUUAUGAAAUAUUUAUUAACAGUGAACAGAACAGCUAACAGCUUUAAUGUGUACAUAGGUAUACCUCAAACCGUGUUUGAUACAUCUCUAUAAUAAAAGAUUGAUUUACUGUA